UUUACGCAUGCUCAAACCACUUUAGUUCCGGUGUAAACACGUGUGUACUUUCAAAAUGUAAACAAGUUUUUCUGUUCAAGAUUUCUUGAAUAAUCAUGAAAACAGUAGCACUUAUAAGCGGUGGCAAGGACAGUUGCUACAACAUGAUCCAGUGUGUAGCGGAAGGACAUGAGAUUGUAGCACUAGCAAACCUCAGACCUGCUGUUAAGGAUGAGAUGGACAGCUACAUGUAUCAGACAGUGGGACACCAUGCUAUAGACCUAUAUGCUGAAGCCAUGGGCCUACCUCUGUAUAGACACACUAUCCAGGGUGUGGCCAAAGAGACAGGAGGUGACUAUGUCCCCACCCCCCAGGACGAGGUUGAGGACCUGUUGGUACUUUUACAGAAAGUUCAGAAAGAGAUUGAAAUAGAGGCUGUGUCGGUCGGUGCUAUACUGUCUAACUACCAGAGGGUUCGUGUGGAGAAUGUAUGUCAGAGACUAGGCCUUACAAGUUUGGCGUAUCUAUGGCGACGGGACCAGGCAGAACUCCUCAACGAGAUGAUUGGAUGUGGUGUUACAGCCGUCUUGAUCAAAGUGGCAUCUCUAGGUUUAGAUCCUAAGAAGCACUUAGGGAAAACUUUAGCAGAGAUGCAACCUGAACUUCACAGAAUGCACACCAAGUUUCAGCUGAACGUGUGUGGAGAAGGAGGAGAGUAUGAAACCUUUACCCUGGACUGUCCGCUGUUUAAAAAGAGAAUUGUGUUGGACGACCCGGAAAUGGUGAUCCACUCUGACGAUGCAUUUUCACCUGUAGGAUACCUGAAUCUGAAGAAAGCACACCUGGAGGACAAAGAGACAGAUAUUGAAAUGAGCCAGCAUGAAAGGAUUCAGGGUUUACACAUGAGGACCAGUGUGGAUGUGUACCAUGAUCUCCUACAGGAAGGGGAGGACGAUAUGUGUGACAAUAUACCUGUGGAGAGUAGUCCUCACAUUGGUAACAAUGACAUCAUACCAGAUGAGUUUAACCUGUCAGUUAAAAGUAUGGGUAAAAACUUAUGGGUGACUGGCGUGGUUGCUAGGGGUGACACUGACAUACAGGAGGCCACAAGGGCAGCAAUGGAGCAGGUCAAAGAUCUAUAUAUUUACUUACUAGCUGCCAUUUCUGAUGUGGGCAAAGACUGGGAGAUGUCUAAAUUGGCCUUGGUUUGUCUGUAUGUACAGAGAAUGGAAGAUUUUGCCAAAGUUAACUCUGUCUACAAGACAUAUUUUGAAUUAAACCCACCUGUCAGAGUUUGUGUUCAAGCAUCACUUCCAAAGAACAUUGCUUUACUCAUGGACUGUUACGGCUGUAAGACAGCAGACCGCACUACCAUGCAUGUACAGGGAAUAUCUCACUGGGCCCCAGCUAACAUAGGACCUUACAGUCAGGCUGUCACUGUGGAUGGUAGAAUCUUUGUAGCAGGCCAGAUUGCCAUGGUGCCAGGGUCAUUGAAAAUCAUACAGGGAGGUAUAACCACAGAGAGUCGUCUUUCCUUGCGACAUGUUGGACGUGUCCUAGAUGCUCAGAGUUCGGGAUGUGCCCUGACUGAUGUGGUGAAUGUUGUCUGUUAUAUCACCUCCCAUAGCUACAUGGACAUAGCCAAGCAGGAGUGGACCAGAGCUCUAGCAGCUUGUCAUGAGAGUGAUGACUCAGUUGUCCGUACAGACGGCAUGUCCAGCCCAUCCGUCAUUUGUGUUGUCAUCCCCUACUUACCACGGAAUGCCAAGGUUGAGUGGCAGGUCACAGCCUUCACUCCAGGGACAGAGGUCAAAGAAUCCACAGAGAACUACAAAUUUGGGGACUACUCCAGCACCAUUAGAUGUGUCACUUCCUGUGCAGGUAUCCCAGGGUUCUCCUGUACAGGAUACACAGACCUCAAUGCCCCAUCCCUACCAGAUGACAUGGGGGAUGCUGUAAGAUGUCUGUGUAUGUGCUACAGAAAGGUCACCUCGUCUCUGUACCCUACAGAAGGAUGUGUGCCCCCACUGAGGAUAUUCUACAGGUCCUCACAAUAUCGCUACGCUGAACUUUGUCAGGCUUUCACUGCUGCUCUACAACAAGGCGGAGGAGAGCCAGUGAACUUUGCCCUUGUACCAGUGUCUGAUCUACCUACUAGUCACUCUGUGUUCACCUAUUGUCAAUGACUUUAAUAAAGAAAAAAGCUUUUAG